CUCAACACUCCCUGCUGCAUCUAAUCUUCGUUUCCUUUGCGCACAGGCCUUGAUGGCCGGCGCGUGCUCGACCUCGCAAACUUUUUCUAGGGUAGUAGCCUGGCGACAAGAACCGUCGCUGUUAAUUCAGGAAAGUCUAUCGUUACAGGCCUCUAAUAACAACUAAAGCAAUGCUGCCAGCGCAUGUUCUCAACUGGGCCUCUUCGCCUCAGAAGGCCCGGGGGAUGCGCUCUGCGUGGCCUCUUGCCGAGGUCCCGCACUCGCCGACCAUUGCUGGUAUCCCUCGCCAUCAUGCGGUACCGCGGUUCAGGGGCCUCCCGCAGCCGCCUUCACCAACACGCCUUGUGCAGAGUAGCAACCAGGCCGGCCCCAGCCCUCUGCGCGACCGGGAUGUGGCCACCCCAGCAUCUUCAUAUACAUCUCGACCAAGCGCUGCGGACACCCGUCGGGAGGACGAGGAGCACGGCGCAACGCAGCUGAUUCUGCUGCUCACGCUGUCUGUGGUGCUGCUCACGCUGCCGUGGGUGGUAGAUCACCCAGUCACGCUCCUGGUGCCUGUGGCGCUGCUCAUCUUGCCCAUCACCUCCGGCGCACUGCGGUCGAUCCUGUCGGAGGGCGCGUCGCUGGUGUUCGGGGGCAUGCGCUGGUUCUGGCGCCACAGGAAGACGGCCGCCCCGCAGCAGCAGCAGCAAGCGCAACACCAGGCGCACCAGCAGCAACACAAGGGCGCGGGAUUCGGCGGCCUGCCCGGCAUGCACCCCAGCUCCGGUGCUCACGGCCACGGCGUGCAGCCCAACGGCGCAACAGGCUGGCCGCACCACCUCUCCGGCGGCCCUUGUGCCUAUGGUGCUCCGCACCACCACAGCCCCGCGCUGCAGAGCCACAUGCCGCACCAGCACCACCAGCACCAGCCGCACCCGCAGCAGCAACAGCAGCACCCCGCCAUGCGCAGCGGCGACCACCACGCCCGGCCGGCGGCACCCAUGCCGCCCAGCCCGGGCCGCCAGCAGCAACAACAGGCCUGGCAGGCGCUCGCCCCGUCGACGCAUCAGCACCACCACGCGGCGCCGCACCCCACGCAAGCCUGGCAACCGGCCGCCGCGGUGUCCCACGUCGCCGCGGUGCCGCACGCCAGCCACAGCGACCUCACUACGCCUGACCUGGACUUCGAGUCCGACCAUGAAGCAGACGCCGGCGCUACGGCCUUCGCCACACAGGCGGGCUCGCGCGGCACGCCGGCGCACGGUGCUAUGCAGUACGCUGGGCACUGCGCCAGCGCCAUGCACCACCCUCUGCACCAGCCGGCGGCGUACGCCUCCCACGCGGUGCAUCCGCCGCCGCCCCAGCCCGUGCAGCAGCAGCAGCAGCCGCAACAGCAGCCGCAACAGCAACGGCCCCGGCCGAUUGCUGGCGUGGUCGACCCGCAGGCCGAGUGCCAUAUUCACAACUGGGACGAGCCGGAGUGCACCGGCCGCCGCGGACACCGGCCGCUGUCGGAGCUGAUGAGCAAUGGGCAGUAAAGGCAUUGGCGUUUGACCUGGCUAUCAUUCGGAACGGCUGCGUAGCAAGCUGGCAGCCCUAGGCAGUGACCGGUAUUGGUGUAGAUCGUUUGCCGGUGAUUACACAGAGCAACCUACAGUUCAGUGUGGUUGCAUGUAUCAUACAGCCCCAUAGCACUUCGAUAAUGCGUUGUUUCUCCGCUCGCUCGAAGGUCUGCCUUGACACCGUUUGGCAUAACAGUAGUCGGUAACAGCAUGCUGGGGUUUUGAUAAGAGCACCAAUGUGGAGGCGAAGGAUGUAGUUCGUGCGUCUUGAGUUGCAGCUUGGGCUAGCGAUUUGGGCGGCCCAACGGACGUCACGCGGGGUUGCUUGGUGCGCGGUUGCAAUAGACCCGCCUAGGCUUAUCACAGCAUGGACGACGAUGCCACGGCUUACAGUGAGUCAACUGCGAAGGAACACACACUUAGCGAGAGCUCGGGGUGGACAUGGUGCGAUUAGGCCGACGUCGGAAAGGAAGUCAACGAAGUAGAAUCAACUCUCAAGCUCAGGUUGCACUUCGGUUUCGCGUGCCGGUGCAGUCAACGGCACGCAACGAACAUGUGUGACACAUAUGUUGUACGUAACAGGGUCUCGUCAUCACAUGCAUGAAAUUUUAGCGCAACCAGGCCGCGGCUCCGCCGCUAGCAUGCCCCAGUGCUGCGCACCAGAAUCAUCGAGGGCCUGUCGUGGGCUUACAAGGCAGAAUGCACACGGCACGGAGGGCCACGUGCACCUACGUGCAUGACAAGUGUUCCCCGGUCACGGGUAAAAAGGCUGAGCCCCUCCA